AUGUGCAGCAUUGAGCCUUCUCACAAAACUUCGGGUUUUCAACACCAACACAGACGCAAUCAUCAACCUCACAUCACCACAAUGUGUCAAAUCUGUUCCAUCAAAGAGGCCGCCGCAAAGGAGCGCUGGCCUAAGCCAGUCGAAGCCAGCAAGAAAGAUCUCAUCUUCCUCGUCGACUCCAUCCACACCGAGUACAUCCAGUACAACAACGUCAAGCGAAGCACUCCCAAUGCGCCACCUCCAGAUGCCCUUCUCGAUCUCUGCCGGAUGCUCUCGGAUCAGCUCGACGCUUUGGAGGUCGACCGUGAGGCGUGGUGGACGAGCCCGGAGAAGAGGGCGAUGAGGCAACGCCUGGAGGCCGACCUGGAUCAGAAGAGACUGAGUGCGUUGCAUAAGAUCAAUAACAGUUGCAUUGAGAGUAUUGAGGGGUUGAGUGCGAAGUUGGGCGGCUUCGUGAAGUGGAGCUUGAACAUGAACGGUGGUGUGUGGGAGUUGAUGAAUGGUCAUAAGGUGGCUGGCGCAUAG